CGCCCAAAGUCGACAUCAUGGCGUCGAUCUGCGUCCGGUGGUGUCUCAUCGUGAGGCGAUCUCACUUGAGGGAGUCGCACGAUCUCACUUUCUGGGCGGCGCUUUCGGGCUUGUCAGCAACCACGUCGGCUUGUCAGCUCUCCUUUCGCUACCGUCCAUAUAGGAUCGCGUAGGACAAUAGCCCGUCGCUGCUUAUAAACGCCAUCUCGCCUUCGAUUCGCGCGUCUAUUCAUUCAUCGACAGCUGCGCGCCCAACCCUCAGUUCAUGCUCGCCGCCCUCCGAUCGCUUCUCCCUGGCCUUCACACGUUCAACGCCGCGCAAUACAUGUCUACCUCUGCCCCCACCACGACCGAGCUCGCCACCUUCGCCGGCGGCUGCUUCUGGGGCGUCGAGCACAUCUUCCUCAAGCACUACCCGCCGUCCCAAAAUAAGGGCGUCGACCCGCCCGCGCAGAACAAGGGCGUCGACCCGCCCGCGCAGAACAAGGGCAUCAUCAAGACGUCCGUAGGCUACACGGGCGGAAGGGAGGACGCGGUGGAGCCGUCGUAUAAGGAGGUCUGCACGGGCGCGACGCAGCACGCGGAGGCGCUGCGCAUCGAGUUCGACCCGAGCGUGGUGCCGUACGCCGAGCUCGUUGAGUUCUUCUACCGCACGCACGACCCGACGACGGUCGACCGGCAGGGGGCGGAUACGGGGACGCAAUACCGCUCCGCCAUCUUCACGCACUCGCCCGAGCAGGAAGCGAUCGCGAAGCGCGUGACGGAGGAGGUGCAGGCGAAGCAUUUUACGCCCAAGGGCCAGAAGAUCGUCACGCAGAUCGUGCCGGCUGGCAAGUGGUGGGACGCGGAGGAGUACCACCAGCUGUACCUGUUCAAGAAUCCGAGCGGGUAUCAGUGUCCGACGCAUCGGUUGCAUUGGUAGGGUGGGGGUGGGGAGAGAGGGGGAG